UGCUCGUGGACGCCGCCGAGGUAGCAGCAUCGCGCUCUCUCUCCUCGCACCGCCGUCAUGUCCGAGUGGGAGUUUCCCGAAGAGCCCGAACAGCUGCGGAAGCUCUUCAUCGGAGGCCUGAACUUCGAAACGACCGACGAGAGCCUGCGGAGCCAUUUUGAGCAAUGGGGAACGCUCACGGACUGUGUGGUGAUGCGAGACCCGAACACCAAGCGCUCCAGGGGCUUUGGGUUUGUAACCUACUCCACCGUGGAGGAAGUGGAUGCGGCCAUGAGCGCGAAGCCACACAAGGUAGACGGCAGAGUGGUGGAACCCAAGAGGGCUGUCUCCAGACAAGAUUCUCAAAGACCCGGUGCCCAUCUCACUGUGAAGAAAAUCUUCGUGUGGGGCAUUAAGGAAGACACCGAAGAGCAUCACCUCCGAGAUUAUUUCGAGCAGUUUGGGAAAAUCGAAGUGAUUGAGAUCCUGACCGAUCGCAGCAGUGGCAAGAAGAGAGGCUUCGCUUUUGUGACCUUUGGUGACUACGAUUCUGUCGACAAGAUUGUCAUUCAGAAAUACCACACCGUGAACGGUCACAGCUGUAACGUCCGGAAGGCCCUGUCGAAGCAGGAGAUGGCCAGCGCUGCCUCUGCCCCACGAGGCCGAAGUGGUUCUGGAAACUUUGGUGGUGACUAUGGAGGUGGCUUUGGUGGCAAUGACAACUUCGGUCGAGGAGGAAACUUCAGUGGUCGUGGUGGCUAUGGUGGCAGCCGAGGUGGUGGUGGUUAUGGUGGCAGUGGGGAUGGUUACAACGGAUUUGGUAAUGAUGGUGGUUAUGGAGGAGGCGGCCCUGGUUACUCUGGAGGAAGCAGAGGCUAUGGAAGUGGUGGCCAGGGCAGUGGCUAUGGCGGUGGCUAUGGCAGGAGUGGCAGCUAUGACAGCUAUAACAAUGGCAGAGGCGGCUUUGGUGGGAGUGGAAGCAACUUUGGAGGCGGUGGAAGCUACAAUGACUUUGGCAAUUACAACAAUCAGUCUUCAAAUUUUGGACGCAUGAAGGGACGAAACUACGGGGGCAGAAGCUCUGGCCCCUAUGGUGGUGGUGGCCAAUAUUUUGCCAAACCACGAAACCAAGGUGGCUAUGGCGGUUCCAGCAGCAGCAGUAGCUAUGGCAGUGGCAGAAGAUUUUAGUGACUGCCAGGAAACAAAACUUAGCAGGAGAGCAGAGCCAGAGAGUGACAGGGAAGCUACAGGUUACAACAGAUUGGUGAAUUCAGCCAAGCACAGUAGUGGCAGGGCCUAGCUACUACAAAGAAGAUAUGUAGAGAAUACUCCUGUGUAUGGGCAAAAAAAACUCGAGGACUAUAUUUGUGACUAAUUGUAUAACAGGUUACUUUAGUUUCUGUUCUGUGGGAAGUGUAAAGCAUUCCAACAAAGGGUUUUAAAUGUAGUUUUUCUUUGUUUUCUUUUUUUGCACCCUUGCUGUUGAUUGCUAAUUGUAAUAGUUUGAUCAUAACGUUGAAUAAAUGUCUUUUUUUUUUU